UACGUAAUAUUUUCUCUCGAUGGCGUGUGUGCUGCUCUCCAGCUCAGUGCGGUCUCUCCGAUUUGAAUAUCACGCUUUCGCCUUUAAAGCGUGGGAGACGCAUGGUCGGUACGGGCGCGAUUCCAUCGUCGGUCAAUAAACGCGUGCAUAGCAAACGAUCACCUCGUCGGAGUAGCUGGGGUUCACGUACGGCUUGCGAACCGAGUGAUUUCGGUCUACCCAUUCAAAUCGAGAACAAGUGCACUAUGUGACACGGAAGUGACGAUCGUGAUCUACGCUAAAACUGCGUAGUUUAAAUUUUCCAAAGUUUCGAUAACGUGCCGAUAUGAUAGCGUUGAGCAGCAUGAUUCACGCGAACGUGCCUCCGCUGCGGUAUGUUAUGAUGAGAUCAUAACUCGCUUGGUCGCAGCAUAUCCAAUGAGCAGGCGGUGCAGAGCGACUGGCAAAGCGGCGAUCAAAAUGCAUGCGGUGUCAAAAACGUGUUUUAUAUGAAUCUGUAUCCGAGUAAGCCACUUUAAAAUCUGCCAUCAUGACUGUAGUGCUAUCCUAUCACCGAAUUGUUGAAAGAGAACCAUCAGAGGUGGACUCUCGGUGGAAAUCAUUUACAGCCAUUUUGCUGCUCGUUAUCAUUGCUUCCUGUCUCGUGCUCAGCUUCAGUCUGCAUGGCCUGCUGGUGGACUUUAAGUACAACUGUCUGUUGGACGCAAAUUUGAAGUUCAAUUUGAAGGCCAACCAAACGCUAGGAGAUGGUUCGAAUAACUCCAUCAUUUCUCCUUUUGCUAAUUAUACUAUCGACGAAUACUGGAGCAGCUGGAGUAAUGGUGCUUAUUGUGAGACACUUCAAUACGCACCGCUCUUGCAAGGCAUCUCCAGCACCAUAUGGCUUGCCCUGUUCCUAAUCCAUGGGCCUGGAAGAAUUAUGCCUCAACCAUGGCGUAUCGUGUUUCCUUCGUUGCUCUACUUUUUCGGCUGCUUGGUCACGUCUGUGCUAACGGCCAGUUUCAUCACUCAAGGACUGGCCAAAUUUUGCACCGAGUUCUGGCAAGUGGAUACCGAAAGAGACUACAGUUGUGCACAAUACGUCGUGCUUUUUGCGCUCGCGAAGGAACCGUCCGCCCUGGUGCAAGGCGAUAAGAACUUUCUACUCACGCUGGUCUUCCCCUGGGUAUGGGUCGGGGCAACGUGUCUAGGUUUCAAGGAUUUUUUCACUGAGCGCCCAGCCACGAUGACGUACAACAUGGAUGAACUGAAAAAGCGAUCGGUGGCGAGCACGUCGCACAACAUCAGCAGCAAUCUCAAACCCACCGGCAAAGAUGAAAAAGCGCCCGCUUCGGCGAAACCGUCGAUCACGGAGAUCACGCGCACCCACCCGACGGCCUAUGUCAUCUUUGCCUCGCUGUUGCUGGAUUUGCUCGCGUUCACCAUGAUAUUGCCCCUGCUGCCCUCCCUGCUCGAGUAUUAUCGCAAGAACGACAACCAGCUGUACGGUUAUCUGGCAUCCAGCAUUAAGCAGUUUCAGCUAUGGAUCGGUGCUCCGGAGCGUUUCACGAGUGUGCUGUUUGGCGGUGCGCUCGGAUCCAUGUUUAGCUUCCUACAGUUUCUCAGCAGCCCGAUCGUGGGCGCACUGUCCGAUUACUACGGCCGUAAACCGCUGAUGCUGCUAUGUGCGACCGGCAUUGCCGCAUCCUAUGGACUGUGGGCUUACUCGGAAUCGUUCCUGCUGUUUGUGAUCGCCCGGUUCAUCGGUGGCAUUAGCAAAGGAAACGUUUCGCUCUGUAUGGCCGUCAUUACGGACGUCUCCAAUCAGCAGAACCGUGGCAAGGCGAUGGCAUUGGUCGGUAUUGCCUUUUCGCUCGGCUUCAUUGCCGGACCCAUGAUCGGUGCCAUGUUUGCCCGGUUUUCAGACAAGUCAGGAGUCCUUUGGUUUUUCGCUCCUGCCAUGUUCGCUAUGCUACUAGCAGUGGCAGACAUCCUGUUUCUGGCGCUCUGUCUAAAGGAAACGCACCCGAAGGAGAAGCGUUCGCGACAGAUCAUCAACUCGCUAUCGCAUGCAAUCGAUCAUAUCAGUAUUAGGGCGCUAUUUCGCUUCUCGGCAGUCGAGAAUCUGCCGCAGAAGGACGUACGCUCACUGCGGCGCCUGGGCGUUACAUACUUCCUGUAUCUCUUCCUGUACUCUGGACUGGAGUUCACCGUUACCUUUUUGAUGUAUCACAAGUUUGGCUACACUUCCAUUGACCAGGCGAAGAUGUUUCUUACGACAGGUGUACUCAUGGCCAUUCUGCAGGGUUCGGUUGUUCGCCGGCUGCCGGAGCGACUGGUGCAAAAAUCAGCAGUAUUCGGUUUAUACCUAAUCAUUCCUGCCUUCGUUAUUGUGGGUUUAGCGGAAUCCUCACCAGUGCUAUACUUAGGCAUGAUUCUAUUCGCAAUCUCGACUGCGUUCGUGGUAACUUGUAUGACGACAAUCACAUCACAGUACGGCGACUUCCACCAGAAAGGUACCGUACUCGGCGUGUUCCGCUCACUGGGAGCGCUGGCACGGGCUGUGGGACCGAUCGUUGCUUCGAUAGCCUUCUGGUGCGUUGGUGCACGUAUCACCUACAUCACUGGAGGACUAUUGCUGCUGUGGCCCGCUCUCAUGAUGCAAUACUUAAAGCUGUAAUCCGUCUACGCUCAGCAUUCCUUCUAGUAUUUUUUGUGUUUUCUAAACCGUAUUAUUACCUAGAUAUUUACUGAAAGCAUGUCUACAUGUUGAUAUUGUGUACAGAAUAAGUGCUCCGAUGUUUCGAAGAUAUUUUGUUCCUUUUUAAGGAUAGCACACAGAGGGAUUAUUCUUCUGAAAGUGAGAAAAUAUUAAAAUAGGACGUGCAAUCAAA